GUCGUGACCUUUUCCCUUGGCAACCACUUCCUCCGAGCACCAAACGGCCAUCUUUGUUUUGAAGUCAUUCAUGAAAAGUUGUUUUGCUCAUUUAAGCACGCCGAGCGGCACAUUUGCGCACCGAACGGCGUCGUCGGCGCUGUGUGCGUGUAGUCUGCGGAGCGAAGCAGAGCCGCGUCGCGACAGACUGCCGCCGACAUUUAGUAAACACCGACAGCGAUGAGAAAGAAGCAGACGGCCAAACAGAGGAAGACGGAGGAGACUACCACAGUUGUUCAAGAGUUCGCGGUGGAGACGAUAAUCCGCCGUAGAGUCUUUAAUGGAAGAGUAGAGUACUUCCUGAAGUGGAAGGGUUUCACCGAUGCUGAAAACACCUGGGAGCCUGAAGACAACCUGGACUGUCCUGAACUCAUCGAGGAGUUCCUGAGAAACGCACAUCUAUCAGAGGAAGAGGAGCAGAGUGAACAAACACUGGUUCCUAAAGAAGAAAUGGCCGAGCAGGAGACCGAGAUUUCCAGUGAGCUGGCUUCAGCCUCUCAUGGCGACGGCUACGUCCUGCGGUCAGAUGAUGAACAGUCAGACGCCCCCACCGACCUCAGCAAUUACCUCGAGCCUGAAUGCAUCAUCGGCUCCACAGACAGAAAGGGGGAGCUCAUGUUUCUGGUCAAAUGGAAGAACUCCGAGGAUGUGGCCUUGCUGCCGGCCCGUGAGGCCAGCACCAGGUGUCCCCAGGUCGUCAUCGACUUCUACGAGCAGAAGCUGACGUGGCACUGCGGAGACGAGGAGCAGUGAAGGCACGGAGGAGGACGGAUGUGCCGCUGCUCCAUCAAGUGUUCUCUGUUCGCCGGACAUCAGAGGCGUGAAUCCUCAUCCCUUCAGACUGCGGCGGUUGUGAGGUCCUGGUGAUGUUGCCUUUGAGGACGUCGACAGAGACUGAAGCUAACUUUGGUGCAGAGCUGAAGGCAAACUAACCCGUUGCAGCUUUCCCCGUAUGUUAUGUAGCAGACUCGAUCACUGUGGAUGUGUUUCUAAAAUGUUGUCAUUUUGAGCAGUUUAGUUAUUUUUUAACCUAGUUUAGAAGAUAAACUGUAUGUGAGGGGGCUGCUUUGCUGUUCUAGUUGUGUUGUGAGCCCUUUCCAGUCUGUAUCUGUUAUCUGUGAGGUUUUUUAUUUAGAUUUUAGACUGUUGGUGGGGUUGCCACCACUUUUACUGUACAUCUGUGCAGCCUUUGUAAAAUUAAAAAAAUAGUAAACUUUAUAUAAUUUUCACCAGCCAAUUAGAACGUGUUUGUUUUGACUUGUACCUUUAAAAAAAUCAAAAACAUGAUUCAGAAAUGUGUCUGGUAUAAUUUGUCAGUUUUAAAGUGUUUUUUUUACUGAAAUGUGUUAUAGCUGAACCUUUUCUUUUAGCACUUUAGCUCUGAGACUACAGGGAAUGAACUCAAACUGUAUUUAUGCAGCUCCUCAUACUUGAUGCUCUCAUCCUGAUGACACUGUCCUGACUCUAACAUCUCCCAUGAACCUUAAACCUCCUUGAACACUCCUGCAACUGAACUACUGUUAUUGUUGACCAUGGCUCUGUGAAGUCUGAAUAAAUGAAACCUUUUGUGAA